AUGGGCACAAGAUGGACUUGCCCUGGAUUUUCCCUCCUUGUCUUCUUCUGUUACGGGCAGCUCUUGCCAUGGCUCAGGACUGAGGGUGAUUUGACCUUCGGGAACAUAAAUGAGAAAGAGAUCAAACCCCAGGCACAAGGGGUUCAGGAAGGGAAAAACGCCUCCAAAAGUGAAUGUGCGAACACAACAGAAAAUUUCUACAGUGACUCCGCAGCAUCUGACUUCCUGCAGUAUUAUGAUAAUACAGCUCAGCUCGUAUGGAACGAGCUCGAGGAGGCUACUUGGAACUAUAUUACCAACAUUACCAAGAAAAAUCGAGAGCAGAUGCUGCAAAAAGAGGUAGAGAAGUCGCAGCACAUGCUGUACUUUGGCACCCGAGCCCGCCUGUUUAAGAUCCCUGCCAUCCAAGACCCCACACUAAAGCGCAUGCUGAGUAAGCUGCAGAACUUAGAGAAAGCAGCCCUGCCCCAGGACGAGCUCCGGGAGUAUAACCAGCUGCUGGCCAACAUGGAGACAGCAUAUAGCAUGGCUCAGGUGUGUCUGAAUGAAGGACCAUGCCUGGACCUGGAACCGGACCUCAUUGAGAUCAUGGCCAACUCCCGAGACCACCAGGAGCUGCUGUGGGUCUGGCAGAGCUGGCGAGAUGCCGUGGGGUUCCAAGUUCGUACCGCCUUUGAGCGCUACGUGCAACUCAGCAACCUGAUGGCAAACCUCAACGGUUACAAAGACAUGGGGGCCAUGUGGCAGGGUGCCUACGAGUGGGAGACGCUGGAAGAAGACCUGGACGAUCUCUACCAACAGCUACUGCCACUCUACCUGAACCUGCAUGCCUACGUGCGCCGCGCCCUGCACCGCUUCUACGGGCCCCAGAUCAUCGGGCUGAGGAGCCCCAUCCCCGCCCACCUGCUGGGGAAUAUGUGGGCUCAGUCCUGGGUCAACAUCUUAGACCUGGUCCUUCCCUUCCCGGAGAAACCCCUGGAAGACAUCACCAAGACCAUGAAAGACCAGCACUGGAAACCCUUGAAAAUGUUUGAAGAGGCUGACAAAUUCUUUGUCUCCCUGGGCAUGAUACCUGCUCCGCCCGAGUUCUGGAAAAAGUCCAUGCUGGAGAGACCCACGGACGGGCGGGAAGUUGAGUGCCACACCUCUGCCUGGGACUUUUAUAAUGGCAAGGACUUCAGGAUAAAGAAGUGCACCGAAGUGUCCAUAGAAGACCUGAUGUCCAUCUUCCACCAGAUGGGCCAUAUCCAGUACUACCUGCAGUACAGGAACCUUUCCAUAAUCUUCCGCUCAGGCGCCAACCCAGCCUUUGUAGAGGCUGUAGGGUCAGUGGUCACCCUCUCGGCCUUCUCCCACAAGCACUUGGUCAACAGAGGCCUGCUGACCCAUCAGCACCAGGAUGCAGAGGAGGAGGUCAAUUUCCUGAUGGGCGUUGCCCUGGACAAGAUCGCCUUCAUCCCCUUUGCCUACCUCAUGGACUUGUAUCGUUGGAAGAUCUUUGAUGGCAGCAUCAAAUCGAGUGUCUACAAUCAGGAGUGGUGGAACCUCAGGUUGAAAUACCAAGGCCUGUGCCCCCCAGUUCCUCGGUCAGAGGAUGACUUUGAUCCAGGUGCCAAGUUCCACAUUUCUGCCAGCAUACCCUACAUCCGGUACUUCAUCAGCCUCGUGCUCCAGUUCCAGUUCCAUGAGGCACUGUGCAAGGCCUCGGGCCACACGGGCCCCCUGCACCAGUGUGACAUCUACGGCUCGAAGAUGGCAGGGAAGCUGCUAGAGGAUGUCCUCAAGCUGGGCUCAAGUAAGCCCUGGCCCGAGGUCCUGGAAAUGAUGACCGGAGAGGAUAAGCUAUCUGCACAUGCCCUUCUGUCCUACUUCAAGCCCCUCCUGAACUGGCUGGUGAAUGAGAACGUGAAGCAAGGAGAGAUCCUGGGCUGGCCUGACUUCGCAUGUACCUUUGAAGAACUAAACACGGACAAAAUAAGCUUCCUGGGUUACCAAGAGACCCCUGAGCAGUCCAGCGCCUGGCAGUGGGUCUUGCUGACUCUGUGCCUUAUCAUGACCCUGGUGGCCAUACUACUGGCCUACAGGCUGUUCUCCAAGGAAAAAGAUUCCCUUGGAGGGAAUCAGAAGAGCCAAUCUGAACAGGAGAAAAGCAAAGACCAGGGUUCCAACGCCUACUUCCUAGGCGUAGCCAUGGAGCCUCAACAGGUCCUCAGAAGACAGUGGUUUAUGCUGGCCUGCUGCAUCAUCCUGAUGCUGUGUUUGGUUGCCUUGGUCGUUUGGAAGAUCACUUAUCACGGCAGGACGCGUCCAUGGAUGAAAGCUAAUUGGUGGAGCUGGGACUAA